AUGUCCCUCGUAAACCUCGCCCACGUCUGUUCCCACCUCCAAAACGCCGCUCGUGCGCGCCUAGGCUUAACCUCAAUACCCUACUCAAAACUCCACCUCGCUCUCUCCGUCGGUCUUCUAAAAGAAGGCUUCAUCUCAUCCGUCACCACCGGCUCCUCAUCCCAACCAGACGCAGAAUUCACCCCUCCCACACAAACCACAAUCAGCACAAAACGGUUAUGGUUAGGAUUAAAAUACUAUGAAAACGAACCGGUUAUGAGUAAACUUACGCUGGUGAGCAAACCGAAACAAAGGAUUUGGCUGGGGUACGAGGAUUUGAAACAGAUCGGAUUAGGGAAGGAUGCUGGGUACGUUAAGGGGGCUGAGAUGGGGGAGUGUAUAUUUGUGAGCACGGAUAGAGGGAUUAUGGAGCUUAGAGAGGCGGUUAAGAAGAUGACGGGAGGGCAGGUGCUUUGUAGAGUUCGUUGA